UUCACCACAAACAUGAAAUCUGUAAACCAAACAGUUGUUUCUGGAUUCAUUCUCCUGGGACUCACAGAUGAUAUAGAACUGCAACUCAUCAUCUUCAGUGUAUUUCUUUUCAUGUAUCUUGUUACAGUCCUAGGAAACCUGCUGAUCAUUCUGGCCACCAGCUCUGAGUCCCAUCUUCACACCCCCAUGUACUUCUUUCUUUCUGGUCUUUCUUUUAAUGACAUCUUUUUAGUCACAUGCACAAUUCCAAAGAUGCUGGUAAAUAUACAAACACAAGACCAGAAUAUUACCUAUGUAGGAUGCCUGACUCAGGUCUGCUUUGUUUUGUUGUCUGUUGGUAUGGAAAAUUGUCUUCUUGCAGCAAUGGCAUAUGACCGUUAUGUUGCUAUUUGCCAUCCUCUUAGGUAUAGGAUCACCAUGAACCCCUGCCUCUGUAUCCUAAUGGUAACAUUGUCUGUGAUGGGGAGCAUGGCGAAUGCCCUGGUAAAUGGUCUGAUGGUGUUACAUCUAACCUUCUGCACAGAGUUGGUAAUCCCACAUUUCUUCUGUGAACUUACACAGAUUACUAAACUUGCCUGUUCCAACACUCUUAUUGACAACAUACUUAUAUACAUUUCAUCUUGCAUAUUUGGUGGUGUUCCUCUCUCUGGCAUUAUUUUGUCUUAUAGUCAAAUUGUAUCCACUGUCUUGAGAAUGCAGUCAUCAGAAGGAAGAUACAAAGCAUUUUCCACCUGUGGGUCUCACCUGUCAGUUGUCUCCUUAUUUUAUGGAACAGGUUUUGGUGUCUACAUUAGCUCAACAGUUACAGAAUCAUCCAGGAAGACUGCUGUGGCUUCAGUGCUGUACUCUGUGGUCCCUCAAAUGAUGAAUCCUUUUAUCUAUAGUCUGAGGAACAGAGACAUGAAGGAAGCCUUGAAGAGACUCAUCAGUAGGAUGCUUUCUCCUCUAUGA